CUGUCUAAGUGUAGUCUAACCGCAACACAAGUAAACUGUAUUCGGAAAAUUCGUUUUGUAUGUUUGUAAUAAAUAAAGGUUUCACUUUAAUGGUUGAGAAGCUGUUUUGUUAGUUGGUACUUGGUAGUCAUUAGAAUAUAAAAAUGAGCCUUUUCGGUACUAGUACUGGCUUUGGCACGAAUACAGGUGUUUUUGGGAAUGCCACAACAACUCAAAAUCCAAUGAAAGAUUAUGAAGUUGUUUCUCCUCCAGAUGAUUCAAUUAGCAGUUUAGCUUUCAGUCCUGCAUCUUUACCACAGAAUUUCCUUAUCGCUGGAAGUUGGGAUAAUCAGGUUAGAUGUUGGGAAGUUCAAAAUACUGGUCAAACCAUUCCUAAAGCUCAGCAGACACACCAAGGAUCUAUUCUAGAUGUAGCUUGGAGUGAUGAUGGAUCCAAAGUAUUUUCUGCAUCUUGUGAUAAAACAGUUAAAAUGUGGGAUUUAAACAGCAACCAGGCAAUUCCUGUGGCACAGCAUGAUGCACCUGUUAAAACUGUACAUUGGAUAAAAGCAUCUAAUUAUUCAUGUAUUAUGACAGGUAGCUGGGAUAAAACCUUGAAAUUUUGGGACACAAGGACCCCUAAUCCUAUGUUAGUUAUUAACUUACCAGAACGUUGUUAUUGUGCAGAUGUGGUAUAUCCCAUGGCAGUAGUAGGAACAGCUGGUAGGGGCAUUAUUGUUUAUCAGCUUGAAGGACAGCCCCAAGAAUUUAAGAAAAUAGAAUCCCCCCUGAAAUAUCAGCAUCGUUCUGUGUCAAUAUUUUUGGACAAGAAAUCUGCUCCGUGUGGCUUUGCACUUGGUAGUGUUGAAGGACGAGUUGCUAUUCAAUAUGUCAACCCCCAAAAUCCAAAAGACAACUUUACUUUUAAAUGUCAUCGUUCUAAUGGAACUUCAAAUGGCUAUCAAGACAUCUUUGCUGUUAAUGAUAUAGCUUUUCAUCCUGUGCAUGGCACACUCGCAACUGUUGGUUCUGAUGGACGUUUCAGUUUCUGGGACAAGGAUGCAAGAACGAAACUACGAACGUCAGAACAAAUGGAUCAGCCAAUAACACGAUGCUGCUUUAAUGCACGUGGAGAAAUAUUUGCGUAUGCAGUCAGCUAUGAUUGGUCUAAGGGCCAUGAGUUUUACAAUCCUCAGAAGAAAAAUUAUAUUUUCUUGCAUCCUUGCUUUGAAGAACUAAAACCUCGAAACAAAAACUGAUAAUAUAGUCUUACGGAACUGUGUGAAAACAGACCAUGUCUGGAGGUAUUCAUGUUGUAAAUCAUUAAGAUCAGCAUAAAUGCCUUUGUAAACAUGUCAGCAUAUGACUGAUCAUUUUUUGAACCAUAAUAAAACAAAAUUUUAGUAUUUUAA